CGAACGGCCAGUUUCCGCCUCCGUAGAAUCGUUAUCCUGAAACGCGCAUCGGAGAAAACGAAUUUCUCGGGCAUUGAAGAGCAGCUGACUUCACCUGUCCUGCUACAACAAAUAUAUUUAUUGAUAGCCGAAAAAUCUUCCAAGUCCGGACUUCUUGGAUAUAUUGAUUGCUAGUCAGCUCCUUUCAUUUUAUGCCUUCUCAUUUUUUACGAAAUAACCGACAAUCAGAGAGAGAGAGAGAGAGAGAGAGAGAGAGAGAGGCUCUCACUGCUGGAAGCUCCCGGCAUUUUCCUUUCACUCGGAUUUUGAUUAGGCUUUGAGUGAGGGAAGUUUUGGGAUUACUUGGAGGGUUUAUUGAUGAUGGAGAAUCAGCUCGUGGGUUCAGAGAUUCAUGGAUUCCGUACAAUGCAAGAUUUGGAUGUUGCGACUACUAUGGAGGAAGCCAAAUCAAGAUGGCUCCGCCCAAAUGAAAUUCACGCAAUACUUUACAAUUACAAGUAUUUCACCGUCUAUAUCAAGCCAGUGAACAUGCCCAAAAGUGGCACUAUUGUAUUGUUCGACCGGAAGUUGCUUAGAAACUUCAGGAAAGAUGGUCAUAACUGGAAGAAGAAAAAUGAUGGGAAGACAGUUAAAGAAGCUCAUGAGCACUUGAAAGUUGGUAAUGAAGAAAGAGUGCAUGUAUAUUAUGCACAUGGUGAGGACAGCCCAACCUUCGUCCGGAGGUGUUAUUGGCUGCUUGAUAAGAGGCUAGAACAUAUAGUUCUUGUUCAUUACCGUGAAACACGAGAGGGUUCUCCAGUCACGCCUGUGAAUUCAAACUCUAGUUCCGUCUCUGACCCAUCUGCUCCGUCAUUUUUAUCAGAAGAACAUGAUUCUGUGGCUAACAACGCAUAUUAUGCUGGUGAAAAUGAGCUUCAAGAGCUUGGAGACGGAUUGACUGUUAAUAAUCAUGAACAGAGGCUCCAUGAUAUUAAUACACUCGAAUGGGAUGAACUUCUGGUUAAAAAUGAUUCUAAAGGAGACAACAUCUCAGGCUAUGACCAGCAGAAUCAAGUCGUGGGAAAUGGCUCCAUAAGUGGCGGAACCAGCAGUUUAUCAGCUGAAAUUUCUUCUUUUGGUAAUUUAACCAAUCCAACCGUGGGGAGUGAAAACAUUCAGUUUAAUCUUUCAGGCACUCCUUGUGUUGAGACGCUGCUGGGUGAUAUGAAUUCAAAUGUCCAGAGAAGGGAUUAUAUUGCCAAGGCCACAUGUGGUUCCGUGGACGUUUUGCAUAAUAAUGGAUUACACAGUCAGGACAGUUUUGGAAGGUGGAUAAACCAGAUCAUGACAGAGUCUACAGCCUCAGUGGAAGACCCAGUACUUGAUUGCUCAUUUUCAGCUGCCCAAAAUUCAUUUGCUUCUCCCACUAUGGAUCAUCUUCAAUCUUCUGUUCCUCAGCAAAUAUUUAACAUAACUGAUAUCUCGCCUACAUGGGCUUUUUCAAACGAAAAAACAAAGAUUCUAAUCACUGGCUUCUUACAUCAAGAGUUUUUUCAACUUGCAAAGUCCGAUCUACUUUGUGUUUGUGGUGAUGUAUGCCUUCCUGCAGAAAUUGUUCAAGCCGGGGUGUAUCGCUGUUUUGUACCACCACAUUCUCCAAGAGUAGUAAACCUUUUUAUGAGUAUUGAUGGCCAUAAACCCAUCAGCCAAGAACUAAACUUCGAAUAUCGUGCUCCUGUUUUGAGUGAUACAUUAGUUUCUUCAGAAGGGAACAAACGGGAAGAAUUCCAAGCACAGAUGCGGCUUGCUUAUUUGCUUUUCUCCUCAUCUCAUAGCCUCAAUAUUCUAUCUAGUAAAGUGCCCCCGAAUGCCCUGAAAGAAGCCAAGAAGUUUUCCCACAGAACCUCUCACAUGUCUAAUCACUGGCCAUAUUUGAUGAAGGCAGUUGAAGACAACAAAACUCCGCUACCGCUGGCAAAGGAUAGUCUGUUUGAACUAAUUCUGAAGAACAGGCUAAAGGAUUGGCUGCUGGAAAAGGUUGUUCAGGUCUCUAAAACCAAAGAGUAUGAUGCUCAUGGUCAAGGAGUAAUCCAUUUAUGUGCUAUUCUAGAAUAUACAUGGGCUGUUCGCUUGUUUUCAUGGUCUGGCUUGUCGUUAGACUUUCGUGAUAGACGUGGAUGGACAGCCCUUCAUUGGGCGGCAUAUUGCGGAAGGGAGAAAAUGGUUGCAGUACUUUUAUCUGCUGGGGCAAAGCCAAACUUGGUCACAGACCCCACGCCAGAUAACCCUGGCGGAUGCACUGCUGCUGAUUUUGCAUUCAUGAAGGGCUAUGAUGGCUUAUCAGCUUAUCUUUCAGAGAAGGCCUUGGUAGAACAAUUCAACGCUAUGAGCGUAGCUGGAAAUGUUAGUGGCUCUCUUGAAAUUAGCUCAAGCUAUGCAGCAAACUCUGAGAACCUCAGCGAGGAAGAUCUAUAUCUGAAGGAUACUUUGGCAGCUUACCGGACAACUGCUGAUGCAGCAGCACGAAUACAGGCUGCCUUCAGGGAGAACUCACUGAAACAAAAGACUAAAGCGGUUCAGUAUUCCAUUCCAGAGGCUGAAGCACGUGGUAUAAUUGCAGCAUUGAAAAUUCAACAUGCCUUUCGCAACUAUGAGACAAAAAAGAAGAUCCAAGCUGCUGCUCGCAUUCAAUAUAGGUUUCGUACUUGGAAGAUGCGUCAAGAUUUCCUUAGUUUGCGCCGUCAAACUAUCAAAAUUCAAGCUGCUUUUCGGGGCUUCCAAGUGCGGAGGCAGUACCGUAAAGUUCUCUGGUCAGUUGGAGUGCUUGAGAAAGCUGUUCUGAGAUGGCGCUUCAGAAGAAGAGGGCUUCGUGGACUUAAUGUGGCCCCGGCUGAAGUGAGUGUAGAUCAGGAUCAGGAAAGUGAUACAGAAGAAGACUUCUACAGGGCCAGCCAGAAACAGGCUGAAGAACGCGUUGAAAGAUCCGUUAUACGUGUUCAGGCCAUGUUCCGCUCAAAGAAAGCACAAGAAGAAUAUGCUAGGAUGAAGAUGGCUCACAAUCAAGCAACGCUGGAAUUCGAUGAUUUUCUCGACCCCGAUGCUAUCAUGGAUAAUUGAAGAAAUUCCCGAGCUCCGGACAGGCAAAUGACAACAUUUGGGGAUGGUGCUCUCUGCUUGUGUAGCCUGUACAUCUUGUAAAUGCCUAUAACAGUUAGUUAUGUGCUUUAGACCCUUUCAGACUGUUCCUAGGAUUGUUGGGAGGCUCUUUCAGUGUUGUAUGAUCAGUAGUCGGUGAUUCUCGAUUUUUAAUGUUAUCGUGAACGCUUUGAGCGCUACAUCUCCAAAUAAUUCAGUGUUUUUAAGCUGCUUCUGGCACUACGAUUUUAUA